GCGGCUAGCGAGUGACUUUUAGCCUUGUUUACUGUUAGCUAGCGAGAUUAAAGUCACUCGGGUUUGACAGCCGGGAGAGGAGACGCUCCAGAAUCAUUUAGAGAAAUCUUUUUUAAAUGUAUUCGAAUGGCUGAAGCCUCGGGGACAGGCACAGAAAACCCUGAUUAUGAAUCAGGGAGGGCCAGCCAGUCAGCGUCCAGAAGGGGUCAUCCACGGCCAGGCCACAGUCGAAAACGGGGAGGUCACGACAGAGCUCAUGCAAGGUCAGGACACUCAAAUUUAGCAGGUCAUCCAGAGGAUCAAAAUGAAUUCUGUGACACUGCAGCUACACACACAUCACACAACAGCUCAUCCACCAGAUCUGAGACUAGAGGUGGGAAAGGAAGAGGUGGAAGAGGAGGGAGAGGAGGGAGAGGAGGUAGGGGUAAUAAUGAGCGUUGGUCCCAGGGUCCAAGAUGGUCGAGGAGUGAAAGUGAUCAUGGUCUCACAGUGCAGGACAUCGGAUAUAACGUUGGCCAACAAUCCAACAGCUCACCGGUGUGCAGAGCCAGAGAUAGGGAGAAUCAACAAAAAAAACCUGGAGAAGCCCACGUGAGUGAGUUCCAUCAAGAACCCAGAGAAAAUUGGCCAAGAAUGUCCAGGAAUCAACGAGAUGCAAGAAAGCCAUUAGACAGACACAAAGAGGCAAAUCAGGACCAUCGUGCCGCAGAUGUAGAUAAUACGUUCAAUGUAGCACCCACUGAACUAGAGCAUGAGCACAGGAAAAACAGAGGUUGGAGAGGAGGGGGAAGGCAGGGUAACCCUAGGAAGAAGGGGCCUGCUUUACACACUAGCAGUGAAGGAAACUGGAGAGAGAGAGACCCACCACACAUGGAUGAGGAGGAUGAGAAACCGAGAGAAGACAAGGCCAGAGGAAGUAAAGAGGAGCCUAACUGGAGAGGUACAAGUGGUCAAGACAAUUGGAGGAGACCCCAACUUCAAGAGCAAGGACAAAGGAGAGGAGGACGUCCCGAGAAGAGGACUGGACCUGUGAAACGUGUCGAGCCGCCCAAGAGCAAAGAGACCCAGACUGGUUGCCUCAUCGAACAGCUGACAGAAGAGAAGUAUGAGUGCAUGGUGUGUUGUGAAGUGAUCCGUGUCAUGGCACCGGUUUGGAGCUGUCAGAGCUGCUUCCACGUCUUCCACCUGAACUGCAUCAAGAAGUGGGCUCGCUCCCCUGCCUCACAGGCUGAUGAGACUGGGGAAGGCUGGCGUUGUCCUGCUUGCCAAAAUGUGGCAUUAAAGUUCCCAACCUCUUACAUCUGUUUCUGUGGGAAGGUGACCAAUCCGGAGUAUCAGCACCGUGAGAUUCCACACAGCUGUGGUGAAGUAUGUGGGAAGAAGAGGACUGGUGGUGACUGCAAUCACCGCUGUAACAUUUUAUGCCACCCAGGCCCUUGUCCACAAUGUCCAGCAUUUACCACAAAGUCCUGCGUUUGUGGAAGAACCAGUAAGCUGGUACGCUGCAGUCAGACAGGAGCUCUGCGUUGUGACCAGGAGUGUGGAGCUCAGUUAAACUGCAAAGAGCACUGCUGUACACAGAUUUGUCACCAGGGCCCGUGUCAGCCCUGUCAGCUCAGUGUCCAGCAAAUGUGUUACUGUGGGGUGGUGCAGAGGGAGGUGGUAUGUGGGACUGACCGGGACAGCUUUGAUGGAUCUGGAUGUUUCUCCUGCCACAAGCAAUGUGGAAAGAUGCUGGAAUGUCAAGCCCACCGCUGCCAGCAGGUGUGCCACCCAGGCCGGUGCCAGCCAUGCCCUCACUCACCCAUUCUGGUGUGUAGCUGCCCCUGUGGACAGACAGCCUUAGCCAAGCUGCUGGAGCUGGGCUAUCCUGAGCGACGGUAUUGCACUGACCCCAUUCCAUCAUGUGGAAAGAUCUGUAACAAGCCACUGCCUUGCGGCGACAUUGACACUGUUCAUCUGUGUGAUAAACUUUGCCAUGAAGACAAAUGUGGCCCAUGCCCUCUCACCUCCACCAUUAAGUGCAGAUGUGGCAGCAAAACCAAGGAGGUUCCAUGUGCUAUGAUCCACAGUGAAGAUGAAUUGAUGUUUACAUGUGAGAGACGUUGUAAUAAGAAGCGCUCAUGUGGCAGGCACAAGUGUGGAGAGAUAUGCUGUGUGGAUACUGAGCAUAAAUGCACAAUUAUCUGUGGCUACAAGCUCAACUGUGGUCUUCACCGGUGUCAGGAGGUGUGUCACAGAGGAAACUGCCAACCUUGCUGGCAAACCAGUUUUGAUGAGCUGGCCUGCUUUUGUGGUGAAACUGUCAUGUUCCCACCUAUCCCAUGUGGCACCAAACCACCCGAGUGCAAAAACCCCUGCACACGCCAGCAUGACUGUGAUCACCCAGUUUUACACUCCUGCCAUAGUGAGGAGAGAUGUCCUCCCUGUACCUACCUCACCAAGAAGUGGUGCAUGGGUAACCAUGAGCAAAGAAGUAAUAUCCCAUGCCACCUGCAGGAUAUCUCGUGUGGUUUGGUCUGUAAUAAAUUGUUGUCCUGUGGCUAUCAUCGCUGCAAAAGAAUAUGCCAUCGUGCGGAGUGCCAAGUCGAAAGUGAUUGUAAGCAGCCUUGUCCUCAUCCCAGACCUGAGUGUGGGCACCCCUGUAAUGCCCCAUGCCACCCUGGCACCCCCUGCCCAUACACCACCUGCACUGCCAAGGUGGCAAUGCAGUGUGACUGUGGACGCAGGAAGGAGACCGUACCCUGUACAGAGGCAGCCAGCUCCUCCCAGAGAUAUGCAGCUAUUGCUAUGGCAAGUAAGUUGUCAGAUAUGCAGUUAGGAGAGUCUGUCAACAUUGUCCAACUCACCAAGAAGGACCAGAAACAGGCCAGGCUGGAAUGUGAUCAAGAGUGUGCAACUCUGGAGAGAAAUCGGCGCCUUGCGGAGGCACUGCAGGUUGACCCGACAGUCGAUCCAUUCAACACCAAAUCCUCCACGUGUAAAUACAGCGACUCUCUCAAAGAGGAUGCCAGAAAGGACUUCAAGUUUGUCAGCGAGGUGGAGGAGGAAAUCAAGAAUCUGGUUGAACUAGCAAACAAGGGUAAACAGCCAAAGAGGAGUCACUGUUUCCCACCCAUGAAACGCGAUCAGCGGAGAAUUGUUCAUGAGCUGGCAGAGGUGUACGGCGUAGAAAGCGUCAGCUACGAUAGCGAACCUAAACGGAACGUAGUUGUCACAGCCGUCAGGGGGAAAUCUGCAUGUCCUACCUCCACUCUGACUGCACUGAUAGAGAGAGAGACUGCUGCCCGGGCCCCACCACCCAUUGCCCAUAUCAAGCAAUAUAGCAGCAAGGUUGAUGGUAGCAAUGCUUGGGGGAAGCAUGCUAAAGAAGAGCCUAUUGAUUACUUUGACGUUCAGGAUUGAUCUGUGAUGUAUCCACAGUAAUGGUCGCUGUUCAUGCCGCUGUAAUCACAUCAAAUAAAACCGGGCUCUGUUUCUUCCUGAUACAGCUGCUUCUGAGGUAUUUUUAUAGUCUUUAGACGCUCAUACACUUUGCUGAGCAACCACUGUUUACUCAUUUCAGAAAGAUUUUCAGAAUGUGUAGAGUUUGUUUUACAUGCAUAUUACACUAUGCUGUUGUUCCAGUGUUGGACACUGUGUGCUGCAAAAGUGACUUAUUUUAGAGGACCUUUAAAGCCAUACUGUCUCCCUAGCCCUGUUAGUGACGUUCCAGCCUUUGAUCAAUGCCUAGAUGUUAUUCCAAAAUGGUUACUGAAUUGCAACAGUGCAAUACAUUAAGUAAGGAAUAAACCACGAUGAGGUAGACUGUUAUCAGAUAUAAUCAAAGGUUUAAUGCUGUGAUGCACAGACUGCAAUUUAUGAGCAACUGCAUUUUUUGAAAUGAACAAUAUCCUUUUAGCCAUUAAUUUAUGUUAAAUGUCGAGAAACAUCCACAAGUUAGUUCCUGUUAUCACUUGCACUUACAGCCUCUCUUUUUACCACUCGUAUGUAAUAAGCAUAAAAAACAAAACAUUAAGCUUGACUUGUUACAAACCAAAAAUUAUAAAAUUUAUCUCCGUCCUGAAAACUUUGUCACAAAGCAUUGACAUCUGCGACUCCUUCCAUAAAUGUUAAAUAAAACAUCUCCUUACAGAAAGCUGCACAGAUCAAUGAUAUGUUUUAUUUGUUAAAUAAGAAACACAUCUUUGUAUUAGAUGAGAUCAGUUUUCAGUUUUAUGAUGUGUCCACCGUACAAGCUCCUGUGAACUAACACAUUACAACAUGUGCGUUUUUAUAUAUAUUCAACUGCUCAUAACUACACUAUGUUCAGUACGGUCUACAAUAGGAUAGAUGGGUAAGACAUCCCUACAUGCUUGAAUUAUUGCUAGUCUUUUUCAUUUUUGGCUCUGUUUGCUAUCCUAUUAAAAUAAAUGUCCUGCA